AUGACUGAACUUCCAGAAAGUAAGGUCGACGUCCUCAUCAUUGGGGCUGGCCCUGCUGGGCUUAUGCUGGCUCUCUGGUUAUCUAGACUCGGUGUGAAGACCCGUAUUGUUGACAAGAGGACCGCCAAGGUCUACUCUGGCCAAGCAGAUGGUUUCCAAGUGAGAUCCCUCGAGAUCCUAGACAGCUUCGGCGUCGCAGAGCGCGUGUGGAAAGAAGCAAACCGCAUGCUCGAGGUCAGCUUCUGGAACCCGGACGAGAACGGCACAAUCCAGCGCAGCGCAAAAUCAGUAAACACAAUCCCAGGCCUGUCCCGCUUCACCGAAUCCGUCCUGCACCAGGGGCGCAUCGAGCAAUUCUUCAUCGACGGCAUCCGCGCCUCGUACCCGUCCAACGAGACACCCUUGAAGGUCGAGCGCAUGGUCAUCCCGACCUCGCUCGAGAUCGACGAGGCCGCGGCCGAGGAUUCGGAUCCGGAGGCGCAUCCUGUGACGGUGACGCUGCGGCACUUGACGGAGGAGGAGGCGACGCCCACGCAGAUGCUGAGUAAUCUUAGCGAUGGCAUUUUCCGGAGUAACUUGGCUGAGGACGAUGUCGCGGGGAUCUUGGAUAGGUCCAAGGGCCGUGAGGCGAGGGAUGAGGUUGUGAGGGCCAAGUAUGUUGUUGGCUGUGAUGGAGCGCAUUCGUGGACUAGAAAGGCGCUGGGGAAGGAGUUUGAGAUGAAGGGGGAGAGUACUGAUGCCAUUUGGGGUGUCAUGGAUAUUGUUCCCAUUACCGACUUCCCCGAUAUCAGGUUCCGGACCAUGAUACAGAACACGGCCGGCGCACUGAUGAUCAUUCCUCGCGAGAACCGGAUGGUUCGUCUCUACAUCCAGCUGAAGGAGGUCUCAGCCGGAGGCGGCCGCGUCGACAGGUCGCAGAUCACGCCAGAGAUCAUCUUCAAGUCUGCGCAGAGAAUCUUUAGCCCAUACAAGCUGGAGUACCACUACUGCGACUGGUGGACGGCCUACCAAAUCGGUCAGCGAACAGGCGACCACUUUAGCAAACUCAACCGCGUCUUCCUCGCGGGAGGUAAGCAAAGCUCCCAUACCUCUGCCCUUCACCCAUCUCCUCCAGGAACUAAAUCAUAUGAUCCAGACGCCGUGCACACGCACUCCCCGAAAGCCGGCCAGGGCAUGAACAUAUCGAUGCAGGACAGCUACAACCUCGGCUGGAAGAUCGGCCUCGCGUGCAAGAACAUCCUGCCGCGCGACGUCCUCUCGACGUACGAACUCGAGCGCAAAAAGAUUGCAAAGGACCUCAUCGCCUUUGACGGCAAAUUCUCUAAGCUCUUCACGGGCGCGCCGCCAAAGGACAUCCAGAGCGAGACGGGCGUGUCGGACGACGUGUUCCAGAAGGCGUUCCAUACGAGCCGGAUGUUCACAACCGGCGUCGGCGUAAACUACCAACCAACAGUCCUCGUCGCCAAAGAAGCAGACGCAGACCCAGAAACCGAAGACGACUUACCCAACACCCUCACAAAGAGCGCCGCAAAAAGCACCCAAUCCCUCGCCACAAACUGCAAACUCGGCCAGCGCUUCCCUUCCUACAAGGUAAUCCGCCAGUCCGACGCCCGCCUCUGGGAACUGCACCACAAGCUCCCCUCCAACGGGCGCUUCCGCCUCGUAGUCUUUGGCGGCGACAUCUCCCAACCUUCCCAGCGCGACACCGUCAACGCCCUCGGCGCGUGGCUGUCAAGCUACCUGCCCAAGCUGCCGACCAUCGCGUUAGGUCCCGCGUCGGAUCCGCAUAGCGGGCUGAUCAAGUUCAAGACGGACGCGGAUCCGAGUAUUGUUGAUAUUGUGCUCGUGCACUCUGCCCCCCGGGACGAGAUUGAUUUGCUAAGGGACGUGCAUGAGGCGUAUCAUCCGUUUGAUAGUAAGCUUGGCUGGGAUUAUGACAAGGUGUUUAGCGAUGGUAAGACGUUUUAUGAGGAGCCUGAGAGGGCGUAUGAGAAAUAUGGGAUUGAUUCGGGCAAGGGUGCUGUUGUUGGGUUGCGACCUGAUGGGUAUGUUGGGCUUAUUACUCCGGUUGGUCAUGAUGGGGCGGAGCAGAUUCAGAGGUGGUUUGAUGGCAUAUUUCAGAGAUCAUAA